AGGCAGGAUGCAGGGAUAGAUAGCAAAACUUUUGACUUGUCAAUUAGAUUGCUUUGGCUAUUUUUACACAAACACUGCUCAACAUUGCUGGUUAACAUUGGCUGGGAAUAACAGUACAGGCGCUGCUGAAUAGGAGACGAAUGGCUUUUCUUCGCCACUGCGUUCCUUUCCCUCCACGAUAAAACAUCCAUCCUCAUAUUGCGCUGCGCCGGUGUCGCCAUCAUUUAUCCUCAGAACGCCUCGCCAUUCAUUGCGCGCGCUGUUCGGUUUAUUCCCCGUUGCAUUAAUUACGCUUCCUGUUGUGCCAGCAGCACACAACAUGUCCGUCGACAUUUACCGUGUAACUUGACCUUUCGCGCAUUGGACGGUUAUAUAUAUGUAUCAUAUUCAUUUAUCGCGGGCCGGUCAUUAAUCAUCGCGGCAGGCCGGGUGAUGAAUGAACCCGACCAUGAAUGAGGCGGACACGGGCGCCGCACUGCCGCUGACCAGCACCGCCGCCGCCGUCGCGCUGAACACCAGCCAUGCUAACCAGACGCAGCUGUACAUGGGCCCCGUCGAGGCCGUCCUGGCCUCCAUCAUCUGGGUGAUCAUCAUGCUGACGGCAUCCAUCGGGAACAUUAUGGUCGUCCUGGCCAUCUUCACCCACCCGGCACUGUAUAUUGUCCAGAAUUUCCUCCUCGUCUCGCUGGCCAUCGCGGAUAUUCUCGUGGCCGUGCUGGUGAUGCCGUUCUCCAUUACGACGACGCUGAUCGGGCGGUGGAUCUUCGGACGGGAGUUCUGCCUGUUCCACGUGACCUGCGAUGUCCUGCUGUGCACGGCGUCCAUCCUGCAUCUGGUGGCCAUCGCACUGGACCGUUUCUUCGCCAUCCACUGCCCCAUCAAGUACGCACAGACCCGCAACCUGACGCUGGUGCUGGGGAUGAUCGCGGCGGCUUGGAUUAUCAGCGCGCUGAUCAGCAUUCCGCCGCUGGUCGGCUGGAACGACAUGCCGGAGGAUCCGAACAUCUGCGGGUAUAACAGCGAACGGGGGUAUAUCAUCUACAGCUCCAUGGGCAGUUUCUACAUCCCCCUGGUCAUUCUCGUCACUGUGUAUUUCACCAUCUUCCUGUCGGCGCGCCGCCGGCUGCGGAAACGGGCGGCGGGAAACCACGCGCCAGCCGCCGCCAAAAUGAAGCCGGUCACCACGCCGCAAAACGACAUGGCGUCCAUGGAUUCGCCGGAUAAAUCCGACGUAGCGUCCAACACGCUGGUGUUAAGCGCCAGCGGGAAUCUGAUGGACUACCAUCUGACGCCGCGGCAGCUACGCCGGCACCUGACCGCCGAACACCGUCGCCUGCACCGCCGACUGCUGGUGUUCCCCAUGCAGAGCCGCUGCAGCGCCUGCCAGCGCACACAGGACAAACUGCUGAAGGAGACCUCGCUCACCACCUCCAGCUUUCAGGUGAUGGACGACGACUUCUCCACCCUGUCGCCCAUCGUCGACCUGACGGCGCCCUCGCCGCGGUCCCGGACGGCCUCCAACUGCCACGAGGCCAGCCGGCAACGGGUUCCCUUGCUCAAGGGCGAGAAGAACCCGCAGGGCGACGUCUCCGAAGACAGCCUGACACCGACAACCCCGAUGACCGACGAGCUGCCCGGCUUCGUCAACGGCGCGGCCAGCCGCGGUCCACCGCAUCCCGGGAAGUCGGCGGCGCGGCUCUUUGUACCAAAGCACAUCCGUCCCAAAUCCAUCGCCAAGAACGCCGAUAAGGCGCACGCCCACGGCGGCGCCACCGUCGUCGUGGGGAAGAAUGCUCAAGCGGCGGUGAAGAAGCACGUUCCGUCCACGCAGUCCAACGCCGCUACCGAUGAUGUCAAACAUAGCUUAGCACAGAGACAGAAGAUUUCCCUGACCAAGGAGCGGCGCGCCGCGCGGACCCUGCUGAUUGUCGUGCUGGUCUUCGUCAUUUGCUGGCUUCCCUUCUUUGUAUGGUAUGUGGUUGCUCCGUUUUGUGAUACGUGCCCGAUGGACGCGCGGACCGCCAAUUUUUUUCUAUGGUUGGGAUUUCUCAACAGUUCACUGAAUCCGAUCAUCUACACCAUCUUCAAUCUGGACUUUCGCAAAGCGUUCAAGCGCAUCUUCCGACGGAUGUUCCCGGCGGCGCGCAAAUGAGCACAUGUACCGCACGCGGCUCCCCAAUGAAACCCCGUGGCAUACAUGUUUAUUUCUGGUUUUGUAGCUUUCCGGCACAAUGUUGGCGCGUAUCGGCUGUAGAUGUAUUUCGAUGAUGGUGACCUUUCUUUGGCUGUUUUACUGGACUUUGUGAUUGUCAUGCCGCAGCGACUGCAUUCGGUAUUAAA